AGAUUACUACAUUGCAAGCUGUGGCUCUUUGACUGAAAGGAGGCAUGGGGUGGGGUGAUGGAGCCAAUCCUGGGGCCUGGUCCCCCACUGCCACCAUCUUUCAGUCUCCUUCUAUUACUUGGUCUCCUUGUCAUUGGGGUCUGGUCACUGCUACCUGGGGCUCGAAGGCAAGAGCUAUUGUCAGCCAAGUUCAGCGAGACUUUAAAACAGCUAAGAUUACCAGGGACCCAACAUGUCACAAAAGUUCCACUUCCACAUUGGGAGGACAAUGUCCAUACAGGAUGUACAGGAGCUGAUCUGGCCUGUUUUUCAGGGCUUCCUGUGGGCUGGGCCCAGAAUUAUACUCUCUGGUCAAUGGAUAAAAGCUUCCAGCAUAUUUUCCAGCACCUGGACAUUGCAAGAUCCAGCCUCAUGAAUUUAUCCUUCUCUUCACAAAUGUCCUCAAUUCCGUCCUCCAGCUCCUCUACUAACGGGUCUCAGGACUCACCAGCCCUGACAUGCUGUGAGGGCUACAGCCCUGAGUUUGACAGAAUUCAGAAAACUUCUUCACUUCAUGCCAAUCUCGGUGCAACUCAAUCCCUCGCCUAUAUUUUUAGCAAUAGUCUACAACACCGGAGCCAAAGUGUGCCUCUCCCCUCUAAAAAAUACUUUGGACAAGCACAGGUCUUCUCUCUGCCUCCUUUUCUGUUUCCUCAAGCUAAAAAUGAUACCACAGGGAAGAAUAUCUUUCUGGACAAAUGUACCUAUAGAAACCACAUUCAUAAAUGGAAGUUCAGUGACACCAAAGUGGAGAGGGAAGAGGACAGCUGGGUCCCCAUAGAGACCAAGAAUUCAUUGGAGCUCCACAUAAAGAGAAAGCUUACCCAGCGUCUGGUAGUUUCUCCAUCUUUCAGAACCAUAAAGCUCUCUCUUAGACCUGAUUCUUUGGUCACGCAAGAGAAAAAGACAACAAACAAGGGGGAUGGAAACAAUGCUCAUAAAAUUUCAAAUCUUCCAUUGUGUUCAUAUCUUAAUGAGAGACCCCAACUCUCAGGCUGGGCUCCAAUUCAACUAACACCUUCAGCCCGGUUAGCGCUUGAGGGGCACAUGGCCUGGAAGGUAUGUACACUGAGGGAUCAGACAGUACUACCCACAGCCGUGAAGCAGUCAUGGGCAAUACUAAACUCUAUCACUGAGGAGCAGAUUGAAAGCCAUAAACCAGAAAGUCCUAGACCCCAGGGACUUGUGUCUUUCCAUCAGAACACUGUAAAGAGUGCCAACAAAAAGGCUCCAAAUGUCUCAUGCUCUCUACUUUCCAUGGACUUGGAAACUGAUUUGGGAACAAACCAGACAAGACCAAGAGCUCCAAUAUCACCUAACGCAGACAGAGAGCACCAGCCAGGACUCCUGCAUGUUACACAGGAUGCCUCAUGCUCAGGAGUGGAUGUCAUCCCAGGGAACGCCAUCUUCCUACAGGAGAACACAAAAAUGAAAUUAGAACUCUGUAUAGGGAAGAGGGCCACUCAUCUUCUAAAUAAUGAUAAAAAGCAACAAAUAGAAGCCCUAAAUGAGGAUGAAGAAUUGAGCACUGGACAACUUCAAACUGCCAUAGACAACGAUAGUACAAACUUGCUAGAAACUGUGGAAUCUGUGUCAUUGGAUCCAGGAUUCCAGGUUCAAGUCAAAGAUUCUAAAAGAUUGAAUUCAGAGUCACACAGUCAAGUCAAAGAUUCUUUGGGGCUGAACUCAGGGCCACAAGUUCAAGAUAGAGAUUCCAUGGAGCUGAUUUCAAGACCACAGAAUCAAGUGCCACAGGUUCAAGGUAUAGAUGAGGGAGAGCUAAUUCCAGUGCCACAGAAGAAAGAUGUAGAUUCUUUGGAGCGCAAAGGUUCAAGUUCAAAAGUUCAAGGUACCGAUACUAUAGCAACAAUUCCAGUGCCAGAGAAACAUGACACAGAUAAUGUGGAGCUGACCCCAGGAUCACCAGUUCAAGAUGUGGACUUCAUGGGGCCAAUCUCAGGGCCAAAGAUUAAAAAUGUGGAUUCUGGAGGGCUGACCCUAGGGUUACAGGUUAAACUCACAGAUUCCAAGGGUCUGAGCCCAGGGUCACAGAUUAACCUCACAGAUUCCAAGGGUCUGGGCCCAGGGUCACAGAUUAACCUCACAGAUUCCAAGGGUCUGGGCCCAGGGUCACAGAUUAACCUCACAGAUUCCAAGGGUCUGGGCCCAGGGUCACAGAUUAACCUCACAGAUUCCAAGGGUCUGGGCCCAGGGUCACAGAUUAACCUCACAGAUUCCAAGGGUCUGGGCCCAGGGUCACAGAUUAACCUCACAGAUUCCAAGGGUCUGGGCCCAGGGUCACAGAUUAACCUCACAGAUUCCAAGGGUCUGGGCCCAGGGUCACAGAUUAACCUCACAGAUUCCAAGGGUCUGGGCCCAGGGUCACAGAUUAACCUCACAGAUUCCAAGGGUCUGGGCCCAGGGUCACAGAUUAACCUCACAGACUCCAACGGUCUAAACCCAUGGUCAGAGAUUAUACUCACAGAUUCCAAGGGUCUGAGUCCAGGGUCACAGAUUAACCUCACAGAUUCCAAGGGUCUAAACCCAUGGUCAGAGAUUAUACUCACAGAUUCCAAGGGUCUGAGUCCAGGGUCACAGAUUAACCCUACAGAUUCCAAGGGUCUAAACCCAUGGUCAGAGAUUAAACUCACAGAUUCCAAGGGGCUGAGCCCAGGGUCACAGAUUAACCUCACAGAUUCCAAGGGUCUGGGCCCAGGGUCACAGAUUAACCUCACAGAUUCCAAGGGUCUGGGCCCAGGGUCACAGAUUAACCUCACAGAUUCCAAGGGUCUGGGCCCAGGGUCACAGAUUAACCUCACAGAUUCCAAGGGUCUGGGCCCAGGGUCACAGAUUAACCUCACAGAUUCCAAAGAUCUAAACCCAUGGUCAGAGAUUAACCUCACAGAUUCCAAGGGGCUGAGCCCAGGGUCACAGGUUAACUUCACAGAUUCCAAGGGUCUGGGCCCAGGGUCACAGAUUAACUUCAUAGAUUCCAAGGGUCUAAACCCAUGGUCAGAGAUUAUACUCACAGAUUCCAAGGGGCUGAGCCCAUGGUCACAGAUUAACCUCACAGAUUCCAAGGGUCUGGGCCCAGGGUCACAGAUUAACUUCAUAGAUUCCAAGGGUCUAAACCCAUGGUCAGAGAUUAAACUCACAGAUUCCAAGGGGCUGAGUUCAUGGUCACAGAUUAACCUCAAAGAUUCUAAGGGGCUGAGUCCAUGGUCACAGAUUAACCUCUCAGAUUCCAAGGGUCUAAACCCAGGGUCACAGGUUAAACUCACAGAUUCCAGGGGGCUGACCCCGGGGUCACAGAUUAAAUUUACAAACUCCAAGGGUCUGAGCCCAGGGCCACAGAUUAAACUCACAGAUUCCAAGGGUCUGACCCUAGGGUCACAGAUUAACCUCUCAGAUUCCAAGGGUCUGAGCCCAGGAUCACAGGUUAACCUCACAGAUUCCAAGGGUCUCAGCCUAGGGUCCCAGAUUAAACUCACAGACUUCAAGGGUCUGAGCCCAUGGUCAGAGAUUAGCCUCACAGAUUCCAGAGGGCUGACCCUGGGGUCACAGAUUAAACACUCAGAUUCCAAGGGUCUGACCCUGGGGUCCCAGAUUAACUGCACAGAUUCCAAGGGUCUGAGCCCAGGGUUACAGAUUAACCUCUCAGAUUCCAAGGGUCUGAGCCCAGGAUCACAGGUUAAACUCACAGAUUCCAAAGGUCUGAGACUAGGGUCCCAGAUUAAACUCACAGACUUCAAGGGUCUGAGCCCAUGGUCAGAGAUUAGCCUCACAGAUUCCAAGGGGGUGAGCCCAGGGUCACAGAUUAAACUCACAGAUUCCAAGGGGCUGACCCUGGGGUCACAGGAUAACCUCACAGAUUCCAAGGGGUUGACCCUAAAGCCACAUGUUCAAGUCAAAGAUUUUGUGGAGCUGACCCCAUGGCCACGUAUUCAAGAUGUGAACUCUGUGGAGUUGACUCCAACGUCAGGAAUUCAAGUCAUAGAUUCCAAGCAAUUGGCUCUAGAGUUGCAGUCACCAAUUGAGGACUCUUCCCAUUUUAGCAAAGAUUCUACACCUCAGCACAUCUCAAAUUCUAGAUCAUCAAGUAAACUAAAACAUUUAGACUUGACUGAGAACAUAGUGCUUCAAAAGCCCUUGUUUUUUGGACCAUCUAGCAAAUUCUACAAUACAGAACAACCUUCAACUUUUCUCAGACCUCUAUUUGUGCAGCGCCCACAUUCCUUAUCCCACUUGAGGCUGACUUCUCAACAUCUAUUCCAGUCUCCUCUACUACCUUGUAGAUCAAAGAAUAAUUUCUGCCCAGGGUUAAGGACCAGGAAAGAUCUAAAGUGCCCUGUUUCAGGGACUCAAGUGAAAGCCUUGGAACGGCAAAUUUCAAAGGGAAGAGUGGAAAGGAGAUCAUCCUCUACUUCCAUAUUAAAGAAGAACCUGUUGGCUAAGAUACAGAAAGCAUAUCACAUCAAGAAGGCUCAUGUCCAAAAACCGCCUCAAGUUCCCUGUCUAUAUGCCCCUAACUGGCAUUUUGUUUCGCCAAGGCAAAUGGUUUUCCAAAGCCAGCAAGAGAAGCUUAUGGGUACCCCUCCUAAGACUUCACAUUCUAUUAACAUUCAGAGAUGCCAGCUCAGUAGGAAUAACUUUGCUUCCAAUGAACAGCUCAAGUAUUGCAGGUCUAAUACAACUCCCCACUAUCCCAACUUUAUUACAAAAGAAGCCCAAGGUAGCAGUAAACCUAUGAAGGAAAGGGAACAGGUCCCCUCAGAGUUAAGUGAGCUACCUCAGAAUAAUACUGAAAAGGAUCCUGCUUCAGUGGAACAGAAUGAAAAACCAUGUAUCAGCUCACAGAUAACUUCUGAAUCUCAGCAUAGGCCUCUACCAGUAACCUCUUCCCAUGAACAGACCCAGCUACUACAGGACCUGCAGCUGAAAAUAACAGAACAGCUUCUAAAGAGUCAAUUGUCUCCCCAUUUCAUUCCAUCCCAAACUAAAGGAAUGGUCCUAAAGUACCCCGUGUGUUUGCAAUGUGGCAGAUGUUCAGGUCCCAGUUGCCCCCACAAAUUCCAUGGCUCCCUUAGUUCCUGGCUUCUUGUCUAUCCACAGCUCCGCCUUGUUCGUAACUCUGAGGGACAUGGGGAGUUUCGAGUUCACCUUGGCUUUAAGUUGAGAACCCGAAACCAAACUCCAAAGCAUCAAAGAGAAGUAGGACCUUUGGUGUCAACAAGACAUGAAUCAUCACAGUCUGACCCAUCAGAGAAGAGGAAGGUUAAGGUCUCUACUUGUAAUGUCACUGAGAAAAACUUUACUCUAAGCCCCUGUCAUAGAAAAGACUUAGGACCUGAGACUUUCCACACUCCUGAGCCUUCCCAAGCCUCUGAACCCAUUCAAGUUCAUAUCAAACGAAAUUUGCCUGGCAGGAGAGUAGAAGUUGCAAAAGCAGGAAGAGAGCCCGGGCAGUAUGAUUUUACAAAAGUCCACUCUUUACUGGAUACUGAUAAUGAAGGUAGCCGGGCUAGAGUUAAAGCUGAACUUGACUUAGAAAAAGUGAAGAUUCCAAAGGAGAUAAGAAUCACAACUCAGAAAAUUGAAGAAGGACUGAGACAAAGUACACCCAAUGACAUAAAGCCACAUCCAAAGAGGAAGACUAUGGAGUCCCAGAAAGUAGCUCCAUCAAGUAAUCAUUCUGAGAAAUCCACAGGACUUGUAAAAUGGCUUUGUCUCAAUGUAAAGAAAGCACUAGGUGUGGCUUACCCACCAGGGCCUUCUUUCCAACAGAUACAUGCUUCUAGAACAAAGCCACCCAAACAGCAAGGCUGCCCAAGCAAGCAACCAUCUCAUGUACAUCCUGGUUCUGAAAAUGAGGGGAUGCACAUAGUCAAGUCUCUGGGUACAACUGGUCUAGCCACAAAAAUGGAGAGGAAGAGGCCAGAGAGCAAUGGCAAGAAGACAGAAACAUUAAGACUUGGACCACCCCUAAAUAACCCAGUUUCAAAGGAUGUCAAGACUUCCCAUUCUAGAUCAUUUCUCCGAUCCAUGCCCCAAGUUCCAAAGAGUAACAGAAUUUCUGAGUCUAGACCAUCUCAUAGGCUCACAUCCCCAGUUGCACAAUAACAAGAUUUUCCCUUUUCUAUCAUCCUGCCACUACACAUCUCCAAGGUCAAAGGGAAUGCUAUGGUGGAUCUAUAAAGAAGUCCAACAAAACUAAACUAGCAAGGGACAUAAAGUCAUUCUAGUAGGAUCAGUGUCAAGACAGAAGAUUCAACAGCAAGAUUGUUAGGGUGAUAGAACAGGUAAGCUGCCUUGGAAAAACACCUAGUUUUAGAGGGAAGUUCAGUUCUGUGCAUUGGGCAAAGAAGAUCCAGGAGAGCUGCCAAGAAAAUCCUCUUCAAGUACUCAAUCAUUUUGCUCUUCUCCAUGCCAAUCUUUUAGCUUUCCCUUCACCACCACUCACCCCAUUUGCAUGAUCCCUAAGCCUGUGUCCAAGAAAAGAAAAUUAUCUGGGGGUCUAACUUCUUUCGAAUAAAUGAAGUAAAUAUAAA